AUGGGGUUCCUGUCCGGCAUCAUCACGUGGGGACUGGUAAGUAGUGAACGAGUGUUCCCUGGUUAGCCUGUGCCAGGCUCUCAAAUAGUAGGAACGUCGCGAGAAUAAAACUAUUCAAGCGCAUGCAAGACGCGCGCGAUUUGGGGAAGGGCCCGCUCUAUCUCUCCUCCGCCCCUGAGAGUUUUCUGUAUCAUUUUUUUACUGCGUGACUCUAUAUUACUAUCUUGGAGAUUGGAACAGGCUAUCCCUGGAGACUGCACACUGUCCCCCAGAGAUUAGCUUCCUGUAGCUCUCGGUUAACAAAGGCCUUCGAAGGUCCUCUCCCUAAAAUCCCAGCUGGCUGAGUAAGAGAGGUGGAUUUGCAGCGUGUCAAACUAAAGCUGAGGGAAAACGGGCAACAAAAAACAAGCAACUUGUCAUGCAACAAUGCUGCAAACGAAUUGAAUAACGAUGUUGCGCUUUUUACCACCCAUAACAAACCUGUCUUACAACAAAUCAGGUUGUUAACAGGUUUGAACUGGGUGAUAAAACGCACAACAUCGCUUUUCAACUUGUUCUGCAGCAAUGUUGCCAAACAAGUUACACGUUUUUGCUGCCCGUUUUACCGAAGCUUAAGCACGCGUUGUUCUUAUUAUUUAGCGACAAUUUAUUCUUUUAAACUGGACACGCAAUUCACAUCAGGAACGGAUAAGUUCUCAUUACAAAAUCCCUUUAAUCCUUUUAAGUUACUUCGUAAUUAUAAGUUUCAAUUGAUCGCUUUGUUACGGAGUCACUCGAUAAACAACCAACAAAUGGUGGCUCUAGCACCGGUAAAGCAACCAAAACUACUUUAAAAUCACCAUGAUGCGUUAUGUUUUAGCGCACGAGGUACAAUUCUGACGAAUUUUCCAGGUCGUUAAUUAAAGCGGGGGGGAGAUGGUGGGCAUUUGUUACCAUGACAACCGUGGGGUGAGUUCAAUGCUUUAUUAUCUCGUUAUCAAACAAACAGUUACUGGUCGAAGAAUGAAAAAGAUUUUUGUAUGUAAGUCUGAAGCGUGUGCCAGAAAGAGGUUUAUAAGGUAGUGACCGAACCUUUAAACCCUAACCAACCAAGGAACCCACCGAAUUGUUAGGUUUUUGCAGCAUAAAGCAACUCCAUGCUAGUUAACUACCGGAAAUUCCAAAGAAUCAAGUUACGUUUCUCAAAGAUGAAAUGAUUCCUCCUACCGGCACUGGAUUAACCACAAAAUUAUGUUAGAUUUCUUAAGCAUGGAACAUCCUGAGUUCAUCACAGGGUUAAGAUAUAGUAGAACGGGCAACAAAAACGGGGACAUUGUUUUGCAACAUUGCUGCAAAACAUGUCGCGUUUUACCACCCACGUUCAAACCUUCCUUGCAACAAAUUAGGUCCGUUGCAGGUUGCGAAAAGGUGUUGCAGAAAGUAGAGGGUAGUUCUAAUUUUGAAACAAUUUCUGCAACCUAAGACAGGUUUUAUUCGUGGAUAGUAAAACGCGCAACAUCGCUUUUCAACUCGUUUUGCAGUAAUGUCUAAGACUCUGUAGUUUAACUGAGGCAGAGAGGUUUAAUCUCAAGUGUUGAGCCAGGAAAAAAGGUGACCUUUUUCCAGUGACUGGACGAGUGAACGCGCCUACUCUCAUCGUUGCAUUCCAGGAAAAAAGCUUUCGUCAACUUAGAAAACUUUGUAAAUAUUCGGCCUCAUGGGCUAUUAAGUCAGAUUUUGCAUGAUUUUUUUGUAUUACUUUCAUCAUCAUCAUCGGUCGACAGAAGAGCCGUCGACUGUGACCCGUCUCCAAUUGGCUCGGUCUUAGGCAGUGCGCACGAUGUCAUCCUCUGAGAAAUGCUUAUUGGUAUUCGAUCCAUUCCUGGACUCAGAUGGAAAAGGACUUAUGUUCUCGGUCUUCCUGGGAUCUUCUCCCUUAGGAGGGUUCAUACACCGCGUAGAUGUUAGCGGGUUCAUCCUGUGGCCGAGGAACUUGAGCUGACGUAAGAUGGCCGUCGAUAGCAAAAGGCUAGUGCAAGUGAGAUCGUAGAUUCUUUCAUUUGAGACUUUGUCAAGACGUUUGAUGUUCAACAUGAUUCUAUAACGUGAGUUGACAAAAGCGUUUGGUUUCUCACCCAUGUCUUUGGUGAUUACCUACGUUUUGCAGCGAUACAGUAGAACGGGAAGACCAUUUUGUUCUAAAGAGGCGCAUUUUCCGAUCCAAAGGUAGCUAAAGGCAUUGUCUGCGAAUAGCAGAUCUUGUCAAGACUCCAGAAAGCAGACCACGCGCGCGAGAAGGUAUUACUUUAAAACCCUAAAAACACAUUGGAAUCACAGAAAACCCUGCGUUAAUGGUUCAGUCUGACAGACCGUCAUACCCUUAAGCAACAACUUUUAUUUGUUUCUCUUAGAUUGCAGCAGUUGCAAAUUCCAGCGAGUACAGAUUAGGACUCAACAAGAACGCGAAAAUGCAAGGCAAGUGUCAAAACACCUUUGCAUGAUAAUUUUUGAAAAGAAACCUGCGAAGGAGUAAUGACGAAAGACAGAUUUCUUGAUUUCUGUCAACUUAGGUGACCACUCGUUCGCACUGAUCAUAUUUGGUGCACUGAUUACGUGAUCAAUACGGCGUUAUUAGGCUUAAUAUUUUAGUAUUCCUUAAUCGGCCUCGUUCCCAGUGGUCCUGGGCGAUUUCGGCUAUGACGUCACUUCGGGAAAAUGCGCCGACAACGAAUCGCGCUAGAUUCGAAGCUUCUUCUACUCACUCGGAUGGCGCGAACUGACCUUGGGACGAGGCUGUUGCUCAACGUCAUACACCUGGGUAACAUCAGAAAAGGCAGGGGAACAUGACGGGACAUGCGUAACAUGUCUCUGCACGUCCUCGCAUAAUGUCUCUAAUACAUGUCCUAGUAACAUGUUCCCUUGUCUGCAUUGAAUGGAACACGCACCGAUCCUUAACACAGUCGACCACUGAAGAGUAAACUACCUGCAUGUUCCCUUGUCUGCAUUGAAUGGGUCACGCACCGAUCCUUAACACAGUCGACCACUGAAGAGUAAACUACCCGUAUGUUGCCGCAUGAGAGCGAGGAUCGAAAUUAGCCAAUCACUAAUAACCACAGAUAUCCAGGCCGUAGCAAGUGUGGGGUAGUCAGAAGGACUUCAGUGGAGAGCAAAAGUUUUGGAAAAAAAAUUAGGCAAGAUGUCAUAUCAUAAAUAUUGUUUUCAUACAACAUUCAGUUUCCUUGAUGAAAAUUUUCGUCCUGCAAUAGCUUUGAUGGCGCCGUUACUAAUCCUGUGUAGCCAAUCGACACCAUCGCCUGAUGAAGGCGCAGUUUAUUUGGAGAGAAGUUGUCGCGAGAAAAAGGGUCACUCUCCCAGCCUAGUCAGCUUUAACCCUUUACACCCUAAGAUCACCAUUUGAAUUUUCAUUUGUUGCCCCUAUUCAUUUCCUACAGAAGUGGUUGGGAGAAGAUGAUAAAAUAUCAAGCAAAUUCAUCUUGUGUGAUCACGUCCGUAAUUCUCAUGACCACUCUGUUUAUCAAAGCAUUGAUAUUACAAGGAGAAAGUUGAUGCUGGUCACUCUUAGUCCUUAAAGGGUUAAUGAGCGUUUAUAUAUAUAAAAAAAUCACCUCUUUGUCCGAGCAAAGAGCUUCAACAAAGAGCUUACAUCUGUCCUUGCGCAUGCUCUCAUUGUCACGCCUUGACCGAAUUGACACGGCUGGGCGGGGCCUAUGUGUCAUCGAUAACAAGUGACCCUCCUGGGAGGAGCACCCUUCUAGCUGAUCCAACUUGUUGUUUCUCAUGUAAACGGUUCGCCACGUUUUGUAUCGAAACGUUGGCUCGUCCAGCGUAGCUCGGGUAGGCGAGUGAGCCGUCUACCUGAGACAAGUUUUCUCCAUUUAAACGGGGGCUUAGCAAUAAAACUCAAAGAUCAAACUACGAUGAAUAACAUAUCUUUCAUUAAACUGAUUUUUUUUUUCAGGUAGCAUAGACUUGGUGUCUACUGCGGGCCUGCUGACACAGCGACAAUUCAAAGGGGUUCUAAUGGAGACGUACGUCACUGGAGAAAUGAAAGAAUUCUCUAGCGAAGAGCUGCGAGUAAACAAAACCAUCGAUCAAAACUCAUACUAUGGGGUUGUAUUGGGAGAUGGACGAUUGUCAGAAAAGACCUUUCAGAACUGCUUCGAGGACUACUUUCUUUCAAACCAAGCUGAAAUCUUCGAAAUAGUAAAAGCGAAUGCUAAGCCAAUAGAGGUAAGUUUGUUCGGAAAUCUUUUAAUUCCGCUAUGUUUUGGUUAAUGAGUCAAACUUCAUUGACAUUUUGAUUUCUUCAAGUAUUAGACUUUACAAAAUGCUAAGGUCAACACUCACAUGGAUUUUUCACUCUAAAAGAUAAUUAACAAUUGCGUUCACAAAUUUGUCAAAAGAGCAAACUUCACUCACAUGGAACAUCACAUUAGACACUCACUAUGGACUGAUACUACUGGGUUUACACAUCAGUUACCAUCAACACUCUUUUUAAGGACCAAACCCGCAUGGAAGAUCACACCAGACGAGUUACUGAUUUUACUGGGUUUACAAAUUAGUCACCAACACGAACCUUUUAACCGAAUACACUCACAUAAAAGAUCACAAUAAGACAAACUACUCAUGAUACUUUAUUCAUCCAUCAACAAAACUUCUUUUAGCGAACGAUUUCACUAGACAAACUACAUUCUCGUCCCAAGAGCCAGUCAGUUUAAUUUAUAACGAACGAGACCACGUGACCAAAAUAAACGAAGGGGUCUAGGGACGAGAAUAGACCAACUACAUUUUCGUUCCCAGAGCCAAACAGCUUAGCGAUCGAAAUCAUGUGACCAAACAAACGACGGGGUCUGGGAAAGAUAAUGGACAAACUAGUAAUGUCAUUGACUUUCAAUAAAUGUAUUAUUUCGUUUUUCUUAUCGUUCGUAGGAGCCGUCAGAGAGUGCAGCCGUUGAGCGCUCAUCCAGCUUAUUUGAGGCCAAUUCUUCCCUGUUCCAGAACUCCAUUUUCACCUGCAUUGGCUUGCUGCUGUUUUUUGUCGGCUUUUGACAUUAUCUGGGACUACGACUACAUGAGACAUUGGAAGUAAAAGACAGAGAUGGGUAAGACGAAAGGCUUAGGUCAAGUUCACAUUUCAAUACUCCCCUGGACGGUGCCCAAGUGGGGUACUCAAUGGGCACUAAUGUGAACACACCCUUUUUCAAGUACCCUCGCCAGAAUACCACUAUAUGUCAUUUCUUUCACAACCUCUCAAGUCUGCUUCCUCCUCAGACGCUUCAUUUUUCGCACAGAGGAGAGCGCGAAACGCGUGUGACACGCGAGUGAUUGGUGACGAAGAACAAGGCCCGUUGUCCCCUUCCCGCCUUCCUUUGCGCACACGAGGAGGCUUUAAAGUCAUAAUGGCCCUUAUGUGUGUUUACGUCAGCCGAGCAAAUGUCACCACCAAGGCUUGUUGUGACCAAAUUCUUUGCAUUUGCAACUCGGCAAUAGAGGUGGGGUUAACACCCAUUUUUGGAGCAUUAUUACGUACUAUGUAGAAGACUUUUUGAUAACAUUGUCAGUAAUCUAAACCUUAAAUUGAAGGCGCUCCAUCCACCAGACUAUGACAACUCACGCUAUAACCUAAGACGACAGCACCUUUUUAAUAUGCCAAAGCUUUGCACGAACAGAACAAGUAAUACUUUUAUAUAUGCGAUGUCGAAACAGUCCGGGCUGUAGUUUUAUCCCACUUAUAUUCAUGCUUUAUAUUUUAACAUAUUUCAAUAUAAAUAUGUUAUAUAGAGUUUUUAAUACUAUCUUAAAAAUCAGUUUUUGACUUAUUAUCUAGGAUUCAUUUGUAAUUUUCAAGUAUUGUUAAGUUUUUGUAAAUAAUUGCGUAAUUCAGCCUUUGGUUGCGAUGUAGUUUUAAUAAACUAUCUAUCUAUCUAUCUAUCUAUCUAUCUAUCUAUCUAUCUAUCUAUCUAUCUAUCUUUGUACAUGAGAAUUCUUUUCAAAACAACUAUCGUGAAAAUUCAUAUAUGUAACAUUUGUAGAAAACCUUAAUUUAAUAACUGACCCUAAAUGCAACAAAAUCUUAAAUACAAUAAAAUUUCACCCUAAAUGUAAUAAAGUAUUAAAUGUAAUAGCGUUUGGAGUUACAUUUGAACUUUUAAGCGUGACCACAUUCGACCUUAAAUGGUAUGACCGCUGGCGUCAUGCUAACGUCAUCAAUGACGUAAGUAACGCGUCAUAAACCAUCUAAGUAGUUAGGAAAAUGGCCACGUGAUCCUUCGCGCCAACUGUCACGAAAAUGAGUCACGCCCCCGUCAACCUCAAGACCAACUGAUUACAACACCUACGUGACCAAUGAAAACAUCAAUCACGUGUCUUCUCAUUUAUGGUAAAUUUACCUUCUUUUUUCCCCCUUACGUACAACUUUCUUUGCCGGCAAGGGCCUAUUAGUCACUCCAGAAUAGUUUUUUUUGACUCCUAAAAGUGACAUUAGACAGAUUACGGAAUGAAAAUUCGACGGCGUUGACGAAGGUGAUCGCAGAUCUGAAAAGAGCUUGACCGAUGGCAAGAUUUUUACCCUGUUCCAGGCGUUCAGAUAGUAGAGCGCGGGAGAAAAAUUCACGAAGAAAACCCUCCAUGUCCCCCCUCCCGUUUUCCCGGUGUACAAUUUAACUCGCUCCCCACUGACCGCCGCGGAACAGGCUACAAGAUUUUCGAAACGAGGCUUGGCGGUAAAAUUUGCUAGUUUGACGUAACCAUGCAUAAUUUAGAAAUGAGAAUGCAGCUAAGUCGAGUUAACCUUAGCAAAGACUUCUGGGACUGUUACCGGAGUGGCCAAUAGCUACGAUCCCAGAAGUGUUAGCAAAAGUAAACUCGGCUUUGUUUUCUUUUAGCCAAUUCCAGACGUUCAAAACGCUUUUCCUUCUCGUUUAUAAAGAGGCGAAUUCUGUGUACUACUCCUACCUCCCCGGCUUUUUUCUCCAUUUAUGCCAUCAGAACACUAUAGCUUGGCUUUGUUGUCAUUGCAGAAGUCCUUGCAGAUGAACUGGAACUUGUCGGUUGGGCCUGGGUACGAAAUGGCCAAAAGGAAUCUGGACAUGAUGGACUCGCUGGUGCAACAAGUUCAGGAGUUUUACGACAACUGGAUGAAGCGACUCGACGAUAUCACAGCUAAACAUGAAGAGGAACAAAGACUACAAGCCAAAAAAGAAAAACUAGAAACUUUUCAUUAUGACUGGAUGUAUUGCUGGUAUUGUGUACUCCGUGAGUCACACUUUAUUCCAUAUACACCGUAAAUAAUGCCAAAAACAAGGAAGCGGGAAACUUUCCUUUGCUGGCUUAUUCAAGAGUAAAUUGUCGCUCAAGAGUCGGAAGGAAGUCCCUGUUCGUACGUUAAUCGGUAGUUGACGAUAAUGGCAGAUUAUGGAUGAAAGUGAUCAUUGUUACUUUUUUGAAUGCAGUAGCGGCUGUAGAUGUGGCAGGUACAGAACACAGGUCACAGGUCACAAGUGCAGGACGCUGCUCUAUUGAUUAAUAACGGAGGUAGGCAGUUUUCCUUUAAGCUAAAAGUCUAUUUCAGGUUUUGAUUAGAGCUAGGAGACACUUUAAGCGUUGUUUAUUUACCGUAGCAUGGUGACCUCUACUCGAACCCGGCUGCGCUUGUGACCUGUGAUCUGUGUUUGUACCUGCCGCUGUAGAUGUCCUCACAGCAAGCAACAAUGACGUUAAAACUUCACGAAACUCGAACCGUGCAUUUCGCACGACCAUUAAAUCAUUAUUUCGUUUUGAGAGAAAAAACAAACCCGACCGCUUUUAGUCGUAUUAGCAACUUUUUUCUUUUUUUUUUACCCUCUGAAAUACCACGUGACAUUGCUGUUAUCUCAUCAGUCCUAAAGGACGUGCAAAAAAGACGGGUAUGGUGAUGAAAUUGUGAAUAAGGUCUGUUUUUACGAAAUAAAACCGCCUCUAGCUAAUUGUCGCUAUGGUAGUUGGAAAAAUGAAUUAGUGUGCCUAUUUUCAGUUUGACGUUUCCAUUACCUACUGGUAUUUUUUAUUACUUCAGUCUGUAAAUACACAUCUUAUAUUGCUCAUUAAUUAAAUGAAAGUGCUUUCUAAUAUAUGCCUGUUUUAUGAGAAAAUACGACUAUAGUCAACAGAACGUUUCUUUAUCUACAUCCUCUCCAGAUCUAGUACUCUCACUUCCUUGUAUUACAGCUCAGCUUCCGGUGCCAAGCCGCAGUAAUAGGGACCUCAAGAUCCGACGACCGCAACGGCAACGAGAACGUCAAAAAGCAAUCGGUUUAAUAACCAAAACAACAAUUUUGCACGUGUAUCACGCUUUUUUGUACACUUCUUUGCCGUCGCUGCACGACUACGACGUGAAACUGCCUUAAUUUUGGUCAGGUAGCAGCUGCUCUAAAGAGAAGUCACCAAUGGUGCCUAACUCUGACCCCAAACAAUACUGAAACAAUUGAAAGAAUGACAUGUCAUUGUUUUCUGCGACCAAUCAGGAGAGACCUUACGAGCAGCUCCUACACAACUGCUAAUUUCACGUUUUACAGAGGAAGUACACAAGCGAUGACGAAAUUUCCUUCUCUUUCUGAACUUCGAUAUGGUUCUUAGGAAUUCAACUUUCGGCGGUUCACCUACAUUUGACAAAGUUAGUGACUUGGAGUAAUCGCGAUGAAGAUUGAAAGAACGCGAAUAUUUUCAACGACGUUUUCGCUGCCGUUGCCGUCCUCGGAUCUCAAGGUCCCCAAUGGCGGAGAGAAGGGAAAAACCCUUCAAUAUUUGUCAGAAAGUAGUGAUAAGGAAAACGAGAUGCGGAUAUAUAUGAAAGAAAAGUACGUUCUGGAAACUGGGAGAACUCUCCUAACUCAAUUUCUUGCUUUGUACUCUUUUUACACCUACGUAGUUGUCAAACCUUUAGGGAUGAACGUCAUCAUAUUUCCCUUAAUUUUUAUUCCAAAAUCACGUCCCUGUGUCCUUCAUACCAAUCUAAAUAACAAUAGCACUCCGGUAAUUACCAUAAUCGGAGUCCCAUUCACAGUCCUCACAUUCGGAGUCUUUAGGAAGUUUAAGCAGCGACGUUUUUGAGCGACGAACGUCAACCGGAAGUGAGCCUUUUUCUCCUUUAAUAUGCCUUGGCGCUACCAAAUUUGUAUUGCUAAGUGUGUUUACUCUUAAAGAGACAAUUUGUCCCAAAAUUUGUUCAAAAUCACGACUCAAGAGUGCAAAGGUCCACUACCGGUUGACUUGCAUCGCUCAAAAAUGUCGCUGCUUAAGGUUCUCCUGAAAAUAAUGACAGAAAAUGGAAUUUAUUCACCUCCCAUGAAGGUAAUUUCCAACACCAUUUUGUUUGUUUAUUCUUUGCGGGGCGCCCUCAUCAACAUUGCGCGCGGGUAUCACACGCGAUGGCGCAAUUAUUUCGAUGGAACCAAUCCCAUAACUGGAAAAAUCAGAAGGUAUCCAGUUGCGUUCUCCUACCCCGAUUGUAGCUAACAUAUCAGAAAUUGGCACACGUAGACAAACCCACAGCCUGGCCAGUACCUAACGCAUGCGCACAGCCAUAUCGCCCAAGUGUUGGUAGUCUGCAAAGACUGCUGUCUUAGCCAUUUCACAGACUCUCUAUUUUCUCCUCAAAGUCCGUCGAGCGCGCGCGAUAAAAAACAGAAACCGCGGGGGAUUUACUGACCGCCAGCGCAAGGGGGUAGGGGUGGGGGAGAAAAAAAAAAAGCGAACUCGCUGAUGUUUUCGAAAAGAACGAAAAAAAAAAUAAAAUAAAUAACAACGUCUCUGUACAGGCUACCGCUGUCUCGAUCAAAGGGCGACCUUAUUAGGGCUCAUCAGCAUGGUAUAGCCCGGUCUAACCUAUGAACCGCGGUUCUAGCUCCUGGAAUCGGGUUGAUACCGUCGUUUCAAUUCAAUGUUAAUGAGAGAUAACCUGCCUAUUUUACUUAAAGGCUCGCAACUGCAAGGGUAGUGAUUACUUUCACAUUUAAGAUUGUGCUUCGAUUCCUGGGCAUGCGCGAACCAUAUUUUGCGCUCACAUAAGCUCAUGUGGGUUUCAGCACUCACAUUCCUCCUUGUUACUCAGUUGAAAUACUCGUCACUGUUAGAAGUAACAUUUACUAUUUAUCUUACUCAUAAAUCGUGAACAAAUGAACAAAUAAUAGGCUUGAAUGUUUAUUUUCCUGACUCCAUUGAGCGCGUUUUACGAUACAGAACGUGUGUAGUAAAUUGGAUCUAAAGUAACAUAAUCAGACUUCUGGAACUCGGAUUUAAGCUUCAGCAGUUCUUUUACUUACUCGUCAACACUUAGCUUUAUGGCAGAAGUCGUGAAAAAUCUGGCACGGAUCUUGUGAGGUACGUUUAAUUAGCUUGACUUAAGCUUAAGUUUAAGGUUCAUGAGCAAGCAAAAUUAUUUUGAUAAUUAAAGGAUAUGAGCUUAUGGUUUCAAUCAUCAAGUAAGUCCAGGGGAUCUGGUACAAAUUGAAGUGAAACCUGAAAUUUGGCAGGUACAGAACACAGGUCACAAGUCACAAGUGCAGGUCAUUGCUCUGUUGGUAAACAACUGAGAUAAGCAGUGUCCCCUUAAGCUAAAACUCUAUUUUGGGUUUUGAUUCCUUGUGGAGAGAGUUUAUAAUGUUGUCAAACUUUGUAUCAGUCGUGGAAUAUGUGUGGAUCGCACAGUGAGGGCAGAAACACAAGUUGGCCUUGGUAGGUAGUUGCAGUGACAUCAUUGAUUGUGAUGUUGAGUUCAGUUGCAUUAAGGUUUGCAAGCAACAUAACUUCCACCGGGUGCAAUGAAAGGCUGAUAUGUUUUUUUCCUCUGUGA